AUGGAGGGACACCACCUUGAAGGUGGAGAUGUCAGCCUCAUCAAGGCAGGCUCCAUGGCCAGCGAGUUUAAUGAGAGCGAUGGCAUGGUUGACCGUGACACUCCUCCACCCCUUUCAACUUCAACCCCCCUUCCCCCUCUCUCUAUCUACCUCUUUUUUUCAGGGGCAGACGUAAUAAACUUUGAUGGACAGGGAGUUAUAUCAUACCGAUUUAAGGUGAAGAAGAUGAAGAUCAUAAAGGAUGUGAUCGCUCUGAAGUUUAAAACGUGGGAUAGUGAAGGAGUCAUUCUACACGGAGAGGGACAGCAAGGAGACUAUAUUACAUUAGAGCUACGCAAGGCCAAACUCCUGCUGCAGAUUAACCUAGGCAGUAACCAGUACGGUUCGAUCCUGGGCCACACCUCUGUGACGUCUGGAAGCCUAUUGGAUGAUCACCACUGGCACUCUGUGGAGAUUGAACGAUAUCGACGCAACGUUAACUUCACACUGGACACACACACACAACACUUCAGGACCAACGGAGAGUUUGACCAUCUGGAUCUGGACUACGAGUUGAGUUUUGGUGGCAUGCCCUACAGUGGGAAGCCAGUGGGAGGGGGGAUGAAGAACUUCAGAGGCUGUAUGGAGAGCAUCAACUACAACGGAGACAACAUCACUGAUCUGGCACGACGCAAGAAGCUAGACACCUCCAGCUUUCGUAAUCUGUCAUUCUCUUGCAUGGAGUCUCACUCCUUCCCAGUUUUCUUCAACGCCACCAGCUUCCUGCAGCUCCCAGGAAGAGCCAAUCAGGAUGUAGUAUCACUUAGAUUCCAGUUCCGCACGUGGAACGCCAACGGACUCCUCCUCUUCAGUAACCUUGACGACGGAACGCUUGAGAUAGCCCUUGACGACGGGAAGAUGGGAGUUCACUUCAACGUGACGCAGACGAAGAACACCAGGAUAGCAAUAUCAUCAGGUUCGGGCCUUAACGACGGCCAGUGGCACGCGGUGCAUCUAGUUGCUAAGGAGAACUCUGUCAUGUUGACGAUCGAUGGAGACGAAGCGUCAGCGGUCCGAACCACCACGCCUAUCAUCAUCAGGACUGGUGGAACAUACCAUCUGGGAGGGUACUUCCUGCCUACCUUAGCCCCUCCCACCCAAAGGUCGUUCCAGGGCUGCAUGCAGGCAAUUCUGUUGGAUGAUCAGCCGGCGGAUAUGCAUGCCGUGGAGAAAGGCAUUGUGGGAGUGUUUGAGAACGUCAGCUUGGACAUGUGUGCCAUCAUAGACAGGUGUAUGCCUAACCAUUGUGAGCAUGGAGGCAGGUGUAAACAGACGUGGGAUCAUUUUAGCUGCACCUGCGACAGAACCGGAUACACUGGAGCCACUUGCCACACAUCGUUGUUUGAACAGAGUUGUGAGGCGUAUAAACACCUGGGCAGAUCUUCAGACACAUUCUGGAUAGAUCCGGAUGGGAGUGGACCCCUCGGACCCUUCAAAGUCAACUGCAACAUGACAGAAGACAAGGUGUGGACUACAGUGGUAAAUAAUCUACCAGCCCAGACCUCAGUGACCGGGUCUAGCAGAGAGAGACGCACUGUGCUGCAACUCAACUACAGUGCCUCUAUGGAACAGGUCACAGCUAUUACCACCAGUGCUGAACACUGUCAACAACAAGUGUCGUACGCCUGCCGCAUGUCCCGACUGCUCAACACACCCGAGGGAACCCCCUACACAUGGUGGGUGGGUAAGAGCAGUGAGAAACAUUUCUACUGGGGAGGAUCAGGGCCGGGGAUACAGAAGUGUUCCUGUGGUAUCGACAGGAACUGUACUGACCCCAAAUACGACUGUAACUGUGACGCUGACCACAAACAAUGGAGAGAGGACAGUGGUCUGUUAGUGUAUAAGGACCAUCUGCCAGUCAGUCAGGUUGCCGUGGGUGACACCAACCGGCAGGGUUCAGAGGCCAAGCUCACCAUUGGGCCACUCCGUUGUCAAGGAGACCAUAACUACUGGAACGCGGCGUCGUUCACCACGCCCUCCUCCUACCUGCAUUUCUCCACCUUCCAGGGACAGACCAGCGCAGACAUCUCCUUCUACUUCAAGACCAGCGCUCCCUACGGGGUGUUCCUGGAAAACCUCGGCAACCCUGACUUCAUACGCCUCGAACUCAAAUCUCCUACUGUUGUCUCGUUCUCCUUUGAUGUGGGGAACGGUCCCGUGGAGUUGGCCGUCCAUUCAGCCACGCCCCUCAACGAUGACCAAUGGCAUCGUGUGAUGGCGGAGCGGAAUGUGAAGGAGGCGGUGCUACAGCUGGAUCUGAACUAUAGGGAAACUCGUCCCGCCCCUCCACAGGGACACACAAGGCUAGAGCUGUUUAGUCAGCUUUAUGUGGGUGCAGCAGGGGGUCAGAGGGGGUUUCUGGGAUGCAUUCGCUCCCUCAGGAUGAAUGGUGUGACCCUUGACCUUGAGGAGAGGGCCAAGGUAACUCCAGGUGUAAAGCCAGGCUGUCAGGGUCAUUGUACCAGUUAUGGGAUGUACUGCAGGAACGGAGGAAAGUGUGUGGAGAAAUAUAAUGGUUACUCCUGUGACUGCACUGCCACGGCAUACGAUGGACCCUUCUGCACCAAAGAUGUGGGGGGCUUCUUUGAGGCGGGCACUCUGGUGAGAUACAACUUCCUGUCAGAGGCAGCGGCAGCCAAUCAGGAUGCAAGGUUCCUUGCCCAACCUUUAACUGCACAGGAAGUGAAUCUGACAGGAGAAGCAGUAGCGUUUAGCUUCAGUACAUCCAACACACCGGCUAUACUGCUGUACGUCAGCUCCAAGACACAAGACUACCUGGCACUGGUUCUACGGCAGAAUGGAACUCUCCAGGUGCGGUAUAACCUGGGCGGUCUCAAGGAGCCGUUCACCAUAGACGUGGACCAGCGUAACCUAGCCAACGGACAGCCACACACUAUCAACAUGUCCAGAAUCAACAGGACUAUCACCAUACAGUUGGACCACUACCCCCCUGUCAGCUACUCUCUCCCAGAGGCUUCAAACACACACUUCAACCUGGUCAAGACAUUAUUCCUGGGGAAAGUAUUUGGUGAGUACAAGCAUCGCAUACGUGUAUGUGACAGAGGUCUGCUUGGCCCUGGCAGAGAACGUAGGCCUAUUCAGAGAGCAGCAACAGGAGCUGUACAGAUGUAUUGUAGUUGCGCUAUGUGUCCACUAGAGGUAACUAGAAGACUGUUUUUCACCAGGACACAGUCAUGUCUAUUGUUGCCAGACAGGGAUUUCACACAUUUUAGUCUGGUUUGGUUUCUGUAACAUGUUCAAUAGGUAUGUUUUGCUUCAGGUGUAAAUAUGUUAUGUAGAACAGGCAUGCUCCUCUGUAGAAGGAUUAGGGAUUCAUGUCAGCUCUAUACAAGACAUUUCUAUCUGCAACAUUCACAAUGUUGAGUCCUCCUGAACAAGACUUUAGUGCAGUAUAGUAUUCCUUACUCCUGGUCACUGCUCUGGUUUCCAAUCCUCCUGGUUUCCAUGACUCCUGGUUGUCCUGCUCUGUUCUGGGCUGGUGGCAGUCAGUGAGGUAGAAGGAAUGGCUGAGUUCCCUUCCUAGCUAGAACCAUUGAUCGAUGUACAGCAGACUAAUACCACAGGGAAUAAUGCCCCUUUCCUUGUCACACAUGCUCAUACACACACACACACCAACAUAACCCCAUCUGAAACUGCAGAGCUGCCAUUUUAAGACUGAAGGACACAACAGAGGCCCUACUCACCAUCUCGCCCAGUUUCUAUUUCCAAAACAUAAUUCAUACACAAGUAUGUAUUUCACAAUCUGGAUUUAUUUCCAAAUGGAUUUUAGGCAACAACAAAAACAACAAGAUUGAACUGAACUGAUAUGCAAUAUACAGAAGAGUGUGUUCAUAUGCCAAAGUAGACAUGGGUCUCUUUGCAGUUCAGUUCUGACCAACAUUCUGGCACACCACUCAGAAACAGCAUAUUCUUGCUAUCAAUACUUGCAGAGGGAACUUUCAAAACCUUUGUCCAUGGGAGGUUAGUGAUUACAGUUUGAUGUACAGUGUGAUAUGCAAAUCCAACAAUCAUAAUAUGUAGCAAACUAAUCAAGUAAUGAGCUGAGUGUUUGAAAUUUUCGUCACAACUUGUUUCAGUGUGUGUAGGUGACAGGGAGACCACCAGUGAGGCUGAGUUUUCACCACUAGAGCUAAGAUAGCCCGUACGGAUACCAAACAAGCUUCUGGCAGACCGUUGUGGCAAACCUUUGGCCAAUUUGCUGCACGUUUGGGUAUCCAUCUGCCACAAAAUAUUAUUCUUGCCAAAGGUUUGCUGUAGAUUCACCACUGGUGGCAAACAUUUGCAAACUUCUGGCAACAUUUUGUAACACGCUAUUUAGUUUGCAGCAAAUUUGCCACAAACUUGUAGGAAGUUUACCGCAACAAAAAAUCAUUUUUGUAAGGAAGUGCUUGGAUUGCUUAGAAUCAAGGGCAAUGGUGACAUCAUUGAGGACCUUCAAGGUUGCAGUGACACAUCCAUAACCUGAGCGGAAACCAAACUGCAUUCCAGAGGGAAUAAUAUAGACAUCAAGAAAGCCAGUCAGUUGAUUAUUGACACAUUUUUCCAACACUUGUGAUAAACAGGGCAAAAUAGAAAUAGGCCUAUAACAGUUAGGAUCAGCUUGAUCUCCCCCUUUAAAUAAAGGACAAACUGUGGCUGCUUUCCAAGCA